AUUUCCAGGGCCGAACCAGGAUGUAGGGGGGCGCGGGUCCUGGGCUUGGGUAGCUGGAGGACCUCAGCUACAGCCAUGAGUGAAGGGGAACGGCCGGGGGAAGGCCUUGGGCAUCUUUGGGCGGUGGGUGACUCCGAGGGCCUGGCGGGCCGGAGAGCCGGCUCCAGGCCGGUCUGACCCGUGUCAUCCCCGAACUCGCAGAGCGGCGGGUCCUGUCCUCGCCAUGAGGCCUCAGCAGGCGCCGGUGUCCGGGAAGGUGUUCAUUCAGCGAGACUACAGCAGUGGCACGCGCUGCCAGUUCCAGACCAAGUUCCCCGCGGAGCUGGAGAACAGGAUUGAUAGACAGCAGUUUGAAGAGACAGUUCGAACGCUAAAUAACCUUUACGCGGAAGCUGAGAAGCUGGGGGGCCAGUCAUAUCUUGAAGGCUGUUUGGCUUGUUUAACAGCGUAUACCAUCUUCUUAUGCAUGGAGACUCAUUACGAGAAGGUCCUGAAGAAAGUCUCCAAAUACAUUCAAGAACAGAAUGAGAAGAUAUAUGCUCCUCAAGGCCUCCUCCUAACAGACCCCAUUGAAAGAGGACUCCGAGUUUUUAGAUUGAAAUCACCAUCUAUGAAGACAGAGGUGUGAGCAGUGGAAGAUAAACCAUAGAAUUAAAGAUCCCACCUCCAGCUGGGACCUUCGUCUGUCCACUGGCCGAUGGCAGAGUGUCCCUACCUCUCCAGAGCGUUAUUCUCUUGUAUCUGCUGCCAGAGCCACGGUGCCACACCUAGAGUGACCACUCGUCACUUGGCAUCCACUUUGUGUCUCCCAAUUGUGUAGGACUCUAAUCUUGAUUCGUUUCCAAGAAAAACAAGGAAGUACUUCACUUUUUAAAAUUCAAAGCCAUUUAAAAAAAUAGGAAAUUGGUCAACCCAAAACAAAGUGUUUUUCUUACUGAUAGCAGUAUCUCGGGGUCUCUUCAUGCCCUUUGGGCCAGUUUCCUAGGUGGCUUUACAAUUCCACAGUUAUGUCUUAGCUCAGUUCCCAAAAUUAGUGAUGGGCGUUGGGGGGUUACACCUGUGGUUCGGCUCGUGCACCGCCCGGACCUCUUGCCAGUCUUGAUGUGCUGCAGUCUUAAGACUGAUUUCUGCUGUUUGAUUUCAGAGGCCGAAGCUCCUUGAGAGAAUCACAUGUCACUUGUUUUAGUAUUGCAGUUACUAUUAGAGCAGUAUUUAAUGCAGUUGGGGUUAUUUCUUGGAAGCGUUUAUGUUCAUGCGCAUUACCUCCAAGUGUCGGGGGCUGCUGUGUGUGUUGCUUGUUCACUACACAAAUAAGUAAGCACAAUAAGUAGAUGCUCAGCCAUCAGUAUGCCUGGCCCUGCUCUGUGUGUAAUAAUCAAGUGUGCUAAGCACUUCACGCUAGUUUUGUUACAAAUAUAACUUAGGAAAAAACUGAUAGGAAUACUACUGUUUGUUGCUAAUUUGUCAUCUGCUCAUAAACCCUGACUCAUAGCCUCCUCACACACAGUAUCCAGGGCUCAGAAAUCUUUUGAUCGACGUAAGUAAGCUUUGGCUUCCACAUAACUUGCAAGUUGAAGUCAGUUUCUCCAGCUCUUCAUUAUCUCUCACUCUUAGUAUUGGGAUCACUUAUGUCCUAUCUUUUGGGAGUUUUGAGAGCACUGUAUUUGGGAGAAAGUUAAGAAAUAGAAUGAAUGAAACAGUUAAAAGUCUAACUUUUAGAGAUAUUGUAGGUGCUAAUACUGGAUUUAAUCUUUUAGAUUUAAUUUGUUUUCUGGGCCUUGUAGCUAUUCAAUAAACCCCAUAGAUCUGUGUAAUAAUUUAAUUGUAUAAAUCUCAUUUGUUCCUUUAAAGCCUAUACUAGUCUGUAUGCCUUUUAAACUUGUUGCAAUAACUUUGCUGAAAUAUUAACACAUUAGUAAAACUUUUCUUAAAUAAA